CCUUAUACCGUCGCGCUUUCCACCGUGAGGCGAAGGGGAGUGUGCCCCGUGCGGUUCCGGUGCCGCCUGUGCUGUCGCGCAAGAUGCCGGUGAAAGCGGAGGAGCUGUCGGGGCCCGCCGAGGACGAGCUGCUACUGCUGGGCCUGGCCUCGCCGGCCCCUUCUCCUUCGCUGUCGUCCAGCGCCGACGAGGAGGAGGAAGAGGAGGAGGAAGAGGAGGAGGAGCCGCGGCCGGUGGUGGAGGAGGAAGUGGCGGGCGGCCGCGGUGUUCGGCGGCUUGCGGAGGGCAAGCGGCGGCCGGGCCGGAGCCGCGGUACAACUCGUACGGCGGAAACGGCGCAAAGGCUGAAGCGGAGCCGGCGGCUGAAAGCCAACAACAGGGAGCGCAACCGGAUGCACAACCUGAACGCAGCGCUGGACGCCCUCCGCGACGUACUGCCCACCUUUCCGGAGGACGCCAAGCUCACCAAGAUCGAGACCCUCCGUUUCGCACACAACUACAUCUGGGCGCUCACCGAGACGCUGCGGCUAGCGGGGGCUCCGCCGGUGCUCCCGGGGGUGGCGGUGGGGGGAGCGGGCAGCCCCUCCUGGAGCGCCGGCACCGCCAGCCCUGCGCCCUCCGCCUCUCCCCGCGCUUGCACUUUAUCGCCCGCCAGCCCCGGAGGAUCCGCGUCGGAUGCCGAGCACUGGCCGCCACCACCGAGACGCUUCGCCCCCGCCACGGUGCCGCUGUCCCGCCGCUGCCUUUAGCCCGGUGUUCUCGUUCACACCAUCGGGAUGGCGGCAUCUGCGCCGCUUCCCACGGUUCUGGACCCGUCAGCUGCCAAAACCAAACUUUGUGUUUUCUCCCUCCGAUGUGCACUUUGUCCAGCUCCCAAGUCUGUGACCGCGGCUUUCCACACACCCCACACCCCCCCUUCAUUCCGCUCUUCCCCUUCCACCAUCUGUCCCGUAGGAUUUGUCGGGGGGGGGGGGGUGGGAAAGAGAGAAAGAGGCUUAAAACCCCCCACCACCCCUAAAGUGUUUUUUGUUAGAGGUCCGGGUUAGAAGUCAUUGUAUAAUUUGUAGGCUUUGUGAGGGCUGAAUGCAAGCGUGGAAAUUUAGGCAGAACUCUCUAUCAAAAAUUAAAUAGAGACACACACCCCCACCCCGGGUGGGGGGAAUAGGAAUAGGGAUGGAGAACCUCCCCAUGCAUUAUUUAUUUUGACCUUUAAGGGGACAAGGAACUCCCCCCUUCUUUCAGGAGAUGAAAAAUAAAUCAACAGACUGAAAACGUCAACAGACACAGGACAUUACAGUGAUCAGCUGCACGUGUGUUCACCGUUUAU